AUGCCGCACAGCGCCGAGUCACGUGCUGUGAGCAGCGGCGGCAGCGGCAGCGGCAGUGGCAGCAACUGGUUGCUUGUCACAGCAGGUAUCGCGAUUGGCGGCGCGGCUGCGGCUGGAGCAGCGUUUGCACUGGCUAGUCACUACCUGGAACGCGAACGUGCCGCAGCGUCAGCAGCCGCUGGCACAAGGGAGCACGGGCACGUGGGUCAGCUGCAGGGCAG